UUGCUAUUGCGUCUUCGUCGUUCACUUGAUGAAAAUGUUCAAAUUCGUUGCGCUGUUGCUCUGCUGUUGGGCGUCGCUGAGCGCCGGACGACUCACGACCAGCGGCACCAAUUUGUACUACAACGGCCAAAAAGUCUUCCUGUCGGGCGCCAACAUCGCCUGGAACUCGUACGGCUACGAUUUCGGCAACGGCCAGUAUGCGGCCAACUCCAAGUCGACGUUGGAAAGUUGGCUAACUCAAAUCGCCAACAGUGGAGGCAAUUCAGUCCGUAUCUGGCUGCACGUCGAAGGGGGAAAUACUCCCGCCUACGACAGCAACGGUUACGUCACCGGCCCAGACAGUACGGGAACGAUGAUCAGCGAUAUGCGCUCAUUCCUCGACUUUGCGCAGAGUAAAAACAUUUUGGUCAUCUUCGUUUUGUGGAACGGAGCUUAUUUAAGAGUUCAGAAUACCAUCAACUUGUUUUGGGACGAAGGCAAACUGCAGAGCUACAUCGACAAUGCGUUAAAGCCUAUGGUAAGUGCCCUGGGUGAUCAUCCCGCUCUUGGCGCUUGGGAGAUCAUGAACGAGCCCGAGGGAUCGCUUCUCAACAACCAGGCCGAUGCCAAUCCCUGCUUUGAUACUACCCCGCUGAAGAACACCGGUGCUGGCUGGACUAACCUUUACAUCCCGAUGCAAAAUAUUUUGAAGUUUGUCAACUGGCAAGCGGAUGGCGUGAAAGGAACUAACGGGGCCGCUCUAGUCACGCUCGGCUCUUGGUCGGAGCACGCUCAAACGGACACCAAAGCUCAAUCAAGAAACUAUUACACGGACUCGUGUCUGGAAGCGGCUGGUGGCAAAGCUAAUGGCAAAUUGGAUUUCUAUCAGAUGCACACGUACGCCUUCAACGGACAAUGGGGUCCCGAUGCUCCUUUCAAAGUAUCAGCCUCUUCGUACGGACUUAACAAGCCUUUGGUCAUUGGUGAAUUCGCCUCGGUCUGCGCUCAGAACGAGGGAAUCCAAAAUUUGUUCCAGUACGGUUACACCAACGGCUACCAGGGUGUUUGGUCUUGGCAAUAUAACGCCGGGGGAGAAUGCUCCGACACACAAGCCACUCAAGACAGUGGCAUGAACCAAUUGAAGGGCCAGAACGGAGCCGGAGGUGCUGUCAAUUUUCCCGUCGGGUUCUAAUUUUAUAAGAGGAAGUUACCGAGUUACUAAGCUAUACUUAUUUUCUCGUCUAUUCAAAUACAAAUUUCAAAACGC